CCCCUCUUCAGACUGAGCCGAAGGACUUACUAAGUCAGAGGGAUCCCUGAAGCGGACAAACAUGCCGGCGAAACCAGCCCCGAUAAAGAAGUCGGCUAAGGCCGCCAAGAAGGAGGAACCCGCGCCCGAACCAGCGCCAGAACCCGUACCUGAGCCCGCACCCGCCGAACCCGCACCCGCUGAAGCUGCUCCAGUGGAGGCCGUCCCAGCAGAAGGUGCUCCGGCCGAGGCCGUCCCAGCUGAAGGUGCACCGGCCGAAGCCGUCCCAGCUGAAGGUGCACCGGUGGAGGCUCCUCCUGCUGAAGCUCCACCAGCAGAACCAGCACCUCCUCCUGCAGCUGAUGCUGAAGCUCCGCCUGCUGAGGAAGUCAAAGCACCCACACCACCUCCACCUCCCCCACCGGCAGAGCCCACCAGCGAGCCCCUCGAGCUCGGCGUUGAGGAUGUCAAUGACACUUCAGUCACGAUCUCAUGGAGACCUCCAGCCACCAUUGGAAACUCUGGUCUGGAUGGAUACACUGUGGAAAUCUGCAAGGAAGGAACUGCUGACUGGAAAGCCGCUAACGAGGAGCUCACCGUGUCCUGCCGUUAUGUGAUUAAGAACCAGACCACUGGUGACCGGCUGAACAUCAGGGUGGUGGCCAUGAACGCCGGCGGCCGCAGCCCCCCCGCAGCUCUGCCCGACACCGUCCUGGUCAGAGAGGUCGUGGAUCGCCCCAAAAUCCAUCUGCCACGUUCCCUGAGGCAGCGCUACGUGAAAAAUCUCGGAGAGAAGAUCAACCUUGUUAUUCCCUUCAGUGGCAAACCACAACCUUCUGUGUCAUGGUUAAAGGAUGGCCAGCCUAUUGAUACUAAAAAGGUUAAUAUUCGCAACAGCGACAAGGACAGCAUCUUCUUCAUCCGUGCCGCAGAGAGAGUCGACUCCGGCGUGUAUGAGAUGUGUGUGAAAGUGGACAGCUUUGAGGACAAAGCCGAGAUAACUCUGCAGAUUGUUGAGUUGCCUGGACCUCCAGCCAGCAUCAAGAUCGUGGACACCUGGGGUUUCAAUGUUGCUCUGGAGUGGACUGAACCCAAGGAUACCGGAAACACAGCAAUCACCGGAUACACCAUCCAGAAGGCCGACAAAAAGACAGGGGACUGGUUCACAGUACUGGAGCAUUAUCACAGAAUGAAUGCCACUAUUUCAGACCUGAUCAUGGGAAACACCUACAUCUUCAGGGCCUUUACUGAGAACAAGUGUGGAAUCAGCGAAGAGGCCACCGUUACAAAGACCUCAGCCACAAUCCAGAAGACAGGCAUUGAGUACAAGCCUCUAGAGUACAAGGAACACGACUUCAGCGAGCCACCCAAGUUCACCACCUCCCUGGCAGACCGCAGCACUACUGUCGGCUAUAACACCAAGCUGCUUUGCUCCGUUAGAGGAUUCCCUAAGCCCAGGGUCGAGUGGAUGAAGAAUCAGAUGAUUAUUGGUGACGACCCCAAGUACAGGCAAAUGAACAACCAGGGCAUCUGCUCCCUAGAGAUCCGCAAGCCUGGAAACUAUGACGGUGGCGUCUACACCUGCAGGGCCAAGAACCAGCACGGAGAGGCCUUGGUCAGCUGCAAACUGGAGGUUAAACAGCCUGUGAUUGCUGAUGCCGAUAAGAAAUAAGUUCAACACCCACAUUCAUACAGUCCCAAAUAAGGAACAGAAAAAUGUGGGAUCCCUCUCAAAAGGAUUGUGAUGACGUCUUUUGCUGAUGAGAAAAAAAUCAUGUACAUAUGAAAUAAAAAAUAAAUAUAAAAAUUAGACAUUUUCCUUUUUUUCAUAAUUUAAUGCUUUGCCUCACAAUUAUGAAAAAGCUCAUUUAUUUAUUGUAUGGACAUUUACAUCAGCAACUGCCUGUGUGUGACAUGUAAUGAUUCCUGUCUGUGUAUCGCCACACGUACUCGUCCCUGACUGUGUCCAGAGAUGUAACUCGGAUCAAGUCCCAUCCGGACUUACAGGAGUGUUUGUUCAAUUAAACCAUAGCCUUUCAUCCACA